UGAGCACGCAAUGAUUGGCAUUACAACCUCUUAAAUACAGUAUUCAAUCGUACUCUCAAUUGGAUGUACAAUUCGCACUGCGUAACGAAUCAAAUGAAUCUCCCCGUAAAGUACACCAUACUUACCCGUCAUCAUCAUACUGAACCAUCAACCCAAGGCUGCAUGUCUCACACCAGACCUCAUGCAAACCCUCACUCUCAUCCCCAACACUCCACACCGCUCCAUAUCAUCAAAACAAUGACUCAAAAAAUAAAACAUCAAUUCUAAUUUCAUUGCAUCAUCUCACAUUUGGUAUCUUAGAUAGAAACAUCUCAUUUCUUCGCAUCGGCCUGCAUC